CGAUCACGUAGCGCGUCACUCAACAAAUUAUAUGAUUUAAAAAGAGAAUCGCGGCCUUAACCGGUUAGUGUUGUGCCAACGUUCAACUCGCACGCCGUAGCCAUGAAGCUCUUUAUAUGCGUAUUGGCCCUCGCGGCAACAGCAAUGUCAGACUCAAACCUAGAUAUUUUAAAAGCUGGCAACGACCAGUUCACAGCAAAAAUGUUCCAAGAAGUUGUCAAGGUAAAACCAAAUGAAAAUAUUGUUAUGUCAGCGUUAUCUGUGCUAUCACCCUUAGCACAGCUAGCAUUGGCUUCAGAGGGGGAAUCUCAUGAUGAGAUCCUCAGAGCCAUUGGCUUGCCUAAUGACAACGUGACAAAAGCAGUAUUCACAGAUGCGAACAAACAGCUGCGAUCGGUUAAAGGUGUAGAACUAAGCCUCGCAAGCAGAAUAUACGUGCGACAGGGAGACGAGCUGAACCCUCAGUUCGCAGCUAUCUCCAGAGACGUCUUCAACUCGGACGCCAAGAACAUUGACUUCUCAAAGAACGUGGAAGCAGCAAAAGAAAUUAACACUUGGGUUGAGGAUCAGACAAACCACCGCAUCAAAGAUUUAGUAUCAGCAGACUCAUUAGAUGGAAAUAGUGCUGCCGUUCUCGUAAACGCCAUGUACUUCAAGGGUAAGUGGAAGAAACCUUUCAGUCCCGAACAGACAGUUGACCGUGACUUCUAUGUUAGCAAAGACAAAACCGUCCAAAAACCAACAAUGCACAUUGUUGCUGACUUCAAAUAUGGCGAAAGUGCCGAACUUGAUGCUAAGCUUAUAGAGAUGCCAUAUGCCGGAGAUGAGUCAUCGCUUCUAAUUGUACUACCAAAUGAAGUCGACGGUCUCAACAACUUAGUCAAGAAACUGGAGAACCCAGAAGUUUUACCAAAAGCCAUGGAGAAAAUGUACACUAACGAAGUGGUUCUUGAUCUGCCCAAAUUCAAAAUUGAAACUACAACUGACUUAGCAGAUGUUCUUUACAAAAUGAACAUUAAAAAAUUGUUCACGCGUGGUGAAGCUAGGUUGAACCAUUUGAUCAAAGAUGCGAAAGACUUGUAUGUAAGUAAUGCUCUUCAGAAAGCAUUCAUUGACGUAAAUGAAGAAGGUGCUGAAGCCGCCGUAGCUAACCAUUUUAGCCUUGACGUAAGGGCCGCAUUUAGAUCCACCUAUGACUUUCUGGCAGACCAUCCGUUUGUUUUUGCGAUACUGUGUAACAGUAAUGAAUUAAACAGAAAUAUAAUUACAUUCACUGGAGUAUUAGUGAAAUAAUCCAUUACACUAACAUAGUAUGUAUUGUCUAGUAACGUUUACAAGCAUGAGUUUAUUUAUCCCAAAAAGUACAUAUAUAACACUGCUGCUCCGCUACUAAUUCU